AUGGUUGCCACUUGCUUGCAUCUAACUGGAUUUGUGGCUAGCUUUGUUGGCUGGAUUGGCCUAAUAGUGGCCACCUCCACCAACGACUGGGUCAUAACCUGUGGCUACACCAUCACCACCUGCCGGAAGAUGGACGAGCUGGGGUCCAAGGGGCUGUGGGCAGACUGCGUCAUGGCUACGGGGCUCUACCACUGCAAACCGCUGGUGGACAUCCUGAUACUGCCAGGUUAUGUCCAGGCUUGUCGGGCACUGAUGAUUGCUGCCUCUGUUUUGGGGCUUCCAGCUGUUUUUCUUCUGGUGACUGUUCUGCCUUGCAUCCGGAUGGGCCAUGAACCUGGGGUGGCCAAGUACCGGCGCUCCCAGCUGGGAGGAAUCUUGCUGAUCCUUUUGGCUCUGUGUGGCGUUGUGGCUACCAUCUGGUUCCCAGUGAGUGCUCACCGUGAAACGAUGAUCAUGAGCUUCGGAUAUUCCCUGUACACAGGCUGGAUCGGAUCUUUCCUUUGCCUCUUUGGCGGGUGCAUCAUCGUUUGCUGCUCAGGCGAUGCUCAAACAUUUGGUGAGAACCGUUUCUACUACGCCUCAGGAUCUAGCUCUCCCACCCACGCUAAGAGCGCUCAUGUAUAA